AUGGUGGUCGGUAGCAGCGGACCUUCUCAGUUCCAGCUAACUAAUUCUAUUCUCGGGAGGGAGGCCUUUUCAAAGGAUGUCACCUGUAUUUCUGCAAGCGUGAAGAACAAGGGGGAGCUGUCUGGUCGACCAGUGACAGUAGUCAAUGGACCAAACAUAUAUGAUAAGGAUAUAACCCAUCCAAAAAGAAAGAUGGAGCUUAGGAGGUCUAAGUGCUUAUGCAUACCUGGUCCUCAUGCUUUUCUUGUAGCCUUUGACAUUGAAAAAAUCUCCCCAAAUGACAUGAAAACCCCCUGGCUGCUAAAGAAACGCUUUGGAUCAAAUUGUCUGAAACACUGCAUGGUUCUCUUUGCCUAUGAAGGUAAUCUGGAUGGAGCCUCUCUGGAGCACAGGGUGAAAAAGACCGAAUGGUACCUAAGAGAACUGAUUGAGAAGUAUGGUGGCCGUUUCCAUGUGUUCAAGAAGAACUGGAGAGAUCGAAGCCAGGAUAAGGAGCUGCUACGGAAGAUUGAGCUGAUGGUGGCUUCGUUGGGAGGGGGACACUUCUCCAGCACAACGUUUCAAAGGGCAGAGGAAAGCGUGAGAAGAGAGGAGAAGAGGCUCGGGAAACAGAGGGCAGAAGAGAUAGAGCGGACUUGGAAUGAGAUGGAGCAGCAGUACAUGUCUGAGGAGCUCUGCUUUCAUAAGGAUGCCUACAUCACUAAUGUUCGUGCAGAGAUCCAGGCUAAAGCAGAGCUUGAUAACGGUUGGCUCAGGACCUCCCUGGCCAGAGGACUGGGGACUGGCUUAGUUGUGGGGGCGGUGAUUGGUGCACUUUUUGGCUCUAUUGAGGGAGCUGGAGGAAUGGUUCUUUAUGGCAUUAUAGGCGGGGCAGUUGGUGGAUCUGCAGGAGGAACUGCUCAGGUGGCAAUCAAGCACAUGGAGAACAGAGUUGCCCCACCUGCCAGACUUAACUUUAAUUCGAUCUUCAUUAACCGCUUCUUUGCCGUUCCUCGCACAUGA